UAGUGGUAAAAUGAGAGCUGUGUGUGUUUGGUUAUGUGUGGUGCUCUGGACAUGCAGUCCUGACGCUGCAGCAGCAGCAGCAGCGGGACAGUCACUCAACGACUCCUCACUUCUGGGAGAGGGAAUGUUUUCUUACACGGAGCAUUUCCUGAACGUUUCGGGGCGGCUGGAUAACCGGACCUCUGGAUUCUUCCUCCUGGACUUUGACGAGGGGAUGCUGGAGGACUGGCGCUCUCUGGCGAGUAAGAAGCGCCGCGGCGGGGAGUCGCAGGACAGGAGGGUCAAGGCGCUGCUGGUGGCCGCGUACUCUCUGAUCAUUGUGAUCUCCCUGUUUGGGAACACGCUGGUGUGCCAUGUGGUGAUGAAAAACAAGCGCACCCAGUCCGCCACCAGCUUGUUUAUUAUGAACCUGGCUGUGGCUGAUAUCUUCAUCACUGUCCUCAAUACGCCAUUCACCCUGGUCCGGUUUGUGAACAGCACCUGGGUGUUUGGAAGGACGAUGUGUCACAUUAGUCGCUUUGUACAGUACUGCUCACUGCACGUCUCCACGCUCACACUCACUGCCAUCGCUCUGGACCGUCGGCAGGUGAUUUUACAUCCUUUGAGGCCUCGCAUGUCCCUGACACAAGGCGGUGUGUGGGUUGGUGUUAUCUGGAUAAUGGCCAGCUGCUUCUCCCUCCCUCAUGCAAUCUACCAAAAACUACUGACUUUUACAUACAGUAAGGAAAAGGAGCGCAGCCUGUGUGUCCCAGACUUCCCAGAGCCCUCAGAUGUCUACUGGCAGUACAUUGACCUCCUGACCUUCAUAUUACUCUACAUGCUACCACUCCUCAUCAUCACCGCCUCCUACACCACAGUGGCCUGCCGGCUGUGGCGUCACAACGCCAUCGGUGACACCACAACAGCUCAGCACGCUGCCCAGAGAAGAAAGCGGCGGCGGACAUUAGCCAUGUUGCUCCUGGUGGUCGGGGUGUUUGCCGUCUGCUGGUUCCCUCUCAACUGCUACGUGGUGCUGCUGUCCAGCCAGGCCAUCCACUCCUCUAACGCUCUGUACUUCUGCUUUCACUGGCUGGCUAUGAGCUCCACCUGCUACAACCCUUUCAUCUACUGCUGUCUGAAUCCCACCUUCCGCCAAGAGCUGAGGCUGCUCUUCGACAUGUGCAGGAAGAGGCGGAGGGCGGUGGUUGGGCUGGAGCCAGAGCUCCGCCCUGUUGCUGCUCCUUGUCACAGGACUGCCUGGCCCGACAACCACGAGUCCUCAGGGCCAAGGCACACCUUAUCACACCCGGGCCACUCCUCCUCACAGCAGAGUCACGCCUCCUCCAGUCAGUCCCACAACAUCAAAGAUACACACGUGCUCUUCACGGCCAGGCAGGUCCUCACAGGAAGAACUGACAUCCUCUCAGUCGAGCCCAUUGUGGCUGUCAGCUGACAGGGAACAUGGGAUUGUGCUGUUUGAGAUUCUUAAUCCUAUUUUAGGAUUUCAUCAUGUUCCAAAGAGGAAAUCAGAGAUCUCGGAGAUGUAUGGCUGAGACUUCACGCGGUUGUGAUGGCAGGAGAGUGAGAGGACAUGGUGAUGGCUUUAAAAGGAAGAAACUCAUGUUGUUUUAUCCACCUUUACGUUCUGCUUCUCACUCAAUUUAGGCAUCAGCCCUUAAAAGUCCAGUGUGUAGGAUUUAGGGGGAUACACUGGCAGAAAUUGAAUGUAAUAUUCAAAGUUUUCAUUAGUGUAUAAUCACCUGAAACAAGUAACUGUUGUGUUUUUGUUAACUUAGAAUGACCCAUUUAUAUUUAUGGUCCUCCUCCAUGGAGUCCACCAUGUUGAUCUAUAGUAGCCCAGAAUGGACAAACCAGCUCUAGAUGGGGCCGUUUGCAUUUUUGCGGUGGCCCCCAUAGUCCUAAUUACAAGUUUCAGUUGGUUGCAAUCUGCAACCUCACCCCUAAAUGACACUAAAUCUUACAUGCUAGACCUUUAAAGCAUUACCAGCUGUGCUUGAUCUGUCGAUCGUUUCACACAAUCUUCAUCAGCAAAUGGAGUUUGGCCAGUUUAUCAUGUUCAAAUUUCCAUUUUUUUCCUCUGCCCUUUUAGGACACCUCCUCCAUGUUGGCUUUAGUUGAGUUGAGAUUAAAAGUUAAUUUUUUGAUCUUGGAAACAGCAGCUGACAAAACAGUCUCACCACAAAGUCCAUUUAGCAGGGCUUCUUGAGCUUUGGAUCAGUUUUUAGAGAUUACUGUUGCAGCAAUGACACAAUGAUAUACAUGCAGAGGAUGUAAUGUGAAGCUAACUGGACUCAUUCCUAAAACUAAUUUAUCUCAAGUUUCUUUAUACCACAUAUUUUAUGAAAGAAAAAAAACCCUCAUCUGAUGUAAAUUUUCUGUCUAAAAAUCUUUUGUUCUGAUCUCAACCAGCUCUGUACCAACAACAUGGGUAGUAUGUGUAAAUGAACUAUGUUAAACUUUGCUCCAUUGUACCAGCGCCCACAUCUCCCUGCUCAUCUCCAGAUAACGCCAAACUGGAUUUUCGCCAGCUCUAGGGCUGUUGCUCAAAGUACAGAUUGUAGCGCAUUUUCUUAUGCCCACCUGCACAGACAAAAUCAUUUAGAAGCAGAUGAAGAGAGAGACGCCUCUCUCUUUCUCUUUCUUAAACUCAGAUCAAACUGUAAAACUAAGCAGUGCUGAUCAAAUAUAAACCAAGUUUCUGAUAUUCUAUUGUCUAUUUCUCACCUAAAAUGUUUUCAGACACAUACUUUUGUGCACUGUUUGUAAUCCAAGGCUGUUCUUGAACAGGAAGUGGACCGUUUCCUGUAUUGUAGAAACAGAGGCUGCAAAUACUAUGAUGGACGUAUUUACCAUGAAGUCACACAGUGGUUUGUGGACUUCCAUUUUGAAGCCUCGAGUUUAAGAUUUCAGCCAUCCCCAUCUUGGUUUUUUGCAGGCAGAACUGACCAAAUUUGAGGGGGAAAAAAACCCACGCCGACAAAAUAUUACAGCAGGCUACGUGACUUACCCUCAUCAACAUAUAUUCUGCACCAUAGGCUGUGUCGUCUUUUAGUUGCUUCAAAAGUCUCUUUACAGUGUGUGAUUUUGGGUCCCUUGAGACUUAAGUUGCCAAUAGUGAAAGAAAAAUUAUGUUUUUGGUCAUCAGUCCAGCCAGACACGUUGGAGCUUUGCAUACCAAAGACAGCCUGCAGCAAAAUUCUGACGGUGUUCUCACAGUGUGACUGCCACUACAAACCAAGCAAUGAUGCAGAAUAAAUAUGAACACUUUAGUUAUGGUUCACACUGUUGGCAGAUUGCUAAGAGGAAAGCUUGCAGGUGUGUCACACUGCAUUUUGAAGCUGAGCAUCAGAGCGUGCUCACAGUUUAUUUAACGGCGUUAGUGGAGUUUGCUUUUGUUCACUUCCAAGUAAUCCCAUCCAAUUAAUUAUAUGCCUUGAAUAUGUAACUUGUGCUUUACUUUAACCAUCUAAAAAGGCUGUAAAAUAGCCAACUAGGCUACUUUGGAUGCUACAGAAUUUGAAGGCAGAUUAUUCCUUCAGUUUCUGAACUGCUGUGUGAAGGUCGCUGUAAAGUAAUUUAAUUGUUUUAAAGAUAAUAACAGCCUCUAUGAAUUUUAUUCAAAGAUCAUAUAAAGCCGAGCAAAAAAAAAAAAAAAAGAAUGAAUAACCUCACCUUUUGUAACUGCAUGAUCUCCAGCCAUUGCAUAUCACACUCUUUGAGCAUCUGUCAUGUCCUCACUUUGCCUCAUUCAUGAAUGUGUUUACUCCAUUCUGCCAAUGAAAGGAGGCAAAGUGAAAGCGUUCCUACCACCUUGUCAUCUUUGUAUGUAGGUUUCUUUUGGCAAAUUGAACUGGGAAAAUCAUAUUUUCCUUUAGAAAAAUGGAUCCUAUUUUGUCCUAUGCUGUCAUCAAAUCCAGUGCCAGACAUAGCAGAUUAGGCGCCCUAGACAAGCUUCUCCUGGCCCCACAAUAAGAAAUCACUCUUGGUGGCGUUCAAGGGAUAUGUCCCCAGCCUGUUCUCAUUCCUAAGUUGUCAAAUACUGCUGCUUUGUCAAGUGAUUUUGACCAUUACCAAUGCAAAAAGGCACCUUUCCACCGAUACACACCGGGCAGCACCAGUUGAUAACCCCACCCAGCAGUGUGUCAUACUGCCAUGAAAGAUGCGUCAGUCGCCAGAUGGCAUUUGUUUGAAAUGCUGCGAGUAAAAACCUAAUAUAAGGAGCUGGAAAGUUCCUAUAGGGCAGGUGGGAGGGGCGGUGGAUGGAUACAACAAACCCCGGACUUGCCUGUGUGAAUGUUUGAGCCAAACCAUGAUGUUUUAUAAACCUAACCACAUGCUUUUUUUGCACAAGGAAAAGAAACGUCAGUACAAGGUGCGAUGUUGUAAGUUUCUUUUGAAAAAGACUGUAUGCAUCUAACAAGCAGAAACUGUACAUUUCCUGUGUAAACAGAAGUGUACUUUGAAAAGACACAAUGCAUGUAACAAGCGCAAAUUCGCGGCAUCCCGGAAUGUCAACAACAGACGCAGGAGGAUACCUGGCCUGUCAAAUGGAGACGUGAAAGUCCACUGAAAUAGUGAAGGUAUUUGAAGAGUUUGGAUGAGGACGCAUUGAUGUCCCCUUUUAGGAAGAUCUGCCACUGAUCACAUCACAUUACAGGUCUGAGAAACAUCAAAUACACUGAGAUUUUGGUGGUGUUUAACCCAGGUGGCUGCAGUGCUGAAGGGACAAUCAUAAAUAUACUGCAGAUGGUUUUCAUAACACCUGGAUUAAAAUGGAGCUAAAGCAUCUUGCUGAGAAAAAAACCUGCAUUUUUUAUUGGACUAAAAGUCAUAUCAGCUCUUCAUCAAAAAU